GCCGGGCUGCCAGCGGCGUGCAGGUUUUGUGGGGUUUGCGGCCUGCGUUCGCCCUGCUCCCGGCACGCACUAAGCGAGGCAGCGAGAGAAGCGCGAGGCGAGCCUCUCCUGCGCCCGGGACAGCGUGGCCAUGGAGAAUCAGGUGUUGACGCCGCACGUCUACUGGGCUCAGCGACACCGCGAGCUGUAUCUGCGCGUGGAGCUGAGUGACGUGCAGAACCCUGCGAUCAGCAUCACUGAAAAUGUGCUGCAUUUCAAAGCCCAGGGACACGGUGCCAAAGGAGACAAUGUCUAUGAGUUUCACCUGGAGUUCUUUGACCUUGUGAAGCCAGAGCCGGCUUAUAAACUGACCCAGAGGCAGGUGAACAUUACGGUGCAGAAGAAGAUGAGUCAGUGGUGGGAGAGACUCACCAAGCAGGAGAAGCGCCCACUGUUUUUGGCCCCUGACUUUGAUCGCUGGCUGGAUGAGUCUGACGCAGAGAUGGAGCUCAGAGCUAAGGAAGAAGAACGUUUAAACAAGCUCCGGCUGGAAAAUGAGAGCUCCCCUGAAUCUCUCGCAAGCUUGCGGAAGGGAUACCUGUUCAUGUAUAAUCUGGUGCAGUUCCUGGGCUUCUCUUGGAUUUUUGUCAACUUGACAGUGCGGUUCUUUAUCUUGGGAAAAGAGUCCUUCUACGACACCUUCCACUCAGUGGCCGACAUGAUGUAUUUCUGCCAGAUGCUGGCGGCUGUGGAGACCAUCAAUGCAGCGAUUGGAGUCACUAAGUCCCCGGUGCUGCCUUGUCUCAUCCAGCUUCUAGGAAGAAAUUUCAUUUUGUUCAUCAUCUUUGGCACCAUGGAGGAAAUGCAGAACAAAGCCGUGGUUUUCUUUGUGUUUUACCUGUGGAGCAUAAUAGAGAUUUUCAGGUACCCCUUCUACAUGCUGACCUGCCUUGACAUGGAUUGGAAGGUGGUCACCUGGCUGCGUUACACCGUGUGGAUUCCCACCUACCCCCUGGGAUGCUUGGCCGAAGCUGUGGCGGUGAUCCAGUCCAUCCCAGUGUUCAAUGAGACGGGACGGUUCAGCUUCACCUUGCCCUAUCCUGUGAAUAUCAAAGUUAGAUUCUCCUUCUUCCUGCAGAUUUAUCUCAUACUGUUGUUUCUGGGUAAGUACUGGCUCUGUAACAGGCUUUUCCCCGCCACGUCUUGGAGGGUAGUGGAAAAUGGUUCAAAGGUUCAGAAAAAGCCGCCGUUUCCAGAUACAGUGAAGUGGAGCCAGCUUGUUCCGUAAGAACAGACCUGGUCGGGGAGUCCCCGGCGGCUGCAUCCCGCCGGAGCUCUCGCUCACUGGGCCAAGAUGCUGCGUGUUUCAUACAGCCUAGGGCGCACUUGGAAAGGAGGGGAGGCAAGGCCUCCAAGCAGCCCUCGGCUGUCCUGCCACCCAUCCCCAUGAGAAGGAACCCUUGCUCCUCGUGUCAGACCUGCUCGCCUAUCAAUUUGUGUUUGUGUGAAAUUGCAGUUCCUGCCCUACUGCAUACAAACUAAGAACUAAAUUAAGGGGGGGACAGAACAUAACGAAAGCUUUACAAGUAAGAGAAAACAUCCUUAAGACAUGUAUUCAUUUAAUUGGAAGUGGAGCAGCCUGGACUAGAACUGGCAUCCUGUGGGGUGUUGGUGUAGCAGGCAGUGUCUUAACCCGCUGUGCUCUGGGAAUCAUUUUUGCAGCUGGCUACUGAAGUCAGCUAGAAGACCACAAGAAGGAAGCCUGAAGCCCAGUGGUCUAACUUACUUAGUGUAGGGUGGAAGAGACAUACGUCCCUUUGAGUCCCAUGGUAGCAGUAAAUGGCAGAUGUCAGCUUCAGUGACACACAUUGAGGAGUCUAGAUCUUUUGUGAAAGGUUAUCGUUUAUUCCAUUUCUUACUCAGCAAAGAAUACAAUCCAUUUUAGAAAAGUGUCUUACCAAAAAAUGUGAAAAUAUUUUGUUUCUUAGAGUAAACUAGAGUUUGGAAAAUGCACUCAUUAAAAGAGCUGUAAAAAAUCUACUAUUCUGUUAGCAAGGGUGCAGUGGGUGUGAUGGUGAUGAAGAGGAAUGAGUAUGAGAAAGACACUUGAAAUCUUACACUGAAAACUGUAGAGGGGUAUUUUAAUGCAUACUCACCCUCAGAUCUUUGGGUUCUUCCGAUUGUUCCAUACUCAGCUGCCAGGAUUUAUGCUCUUGCUUGUACUGGAUGUGUAGUUCCUGCUGUUUUUCAGAGUGAAGUAAGCCCUAAUUCACAUUUUCAAUUGUGAAACUGUGCAAGCAGUCAGCUUGCAGAGGGACUGGGUUCUUCUUUGUAUACACGUUCAUCCUCUCCCAGGAAGUCUGUAAACCCAGGAACAGUUGGGGAAACGGAGGUGCGGCCAAGCCACAGAGCUAGUCAGUUAUCAAGGUGGAGUGAAAUUUGUCUCCGACUCUGAAAUCUUAGGUUUUUUUUUCAAAUUCACAAUUCCAAAUUGUGUUUUCCUGGAAAAGUGACACAUGCAAUCCAGACUGUUGCUUCAUAGAUGUCCUUCAUUUGCCUUGAAUGAAAAAUGGGCUUGUUUCUCUAGGCUUCAGGGGUGUGCAUCUCGCUCUGCACAGAAAGGAAAAAGCAGUGUGCCCCCCAAUUAGCCCCAUGUGCAGGGUGCACUGAGAGGCAGGCAGUAACCAGGUCCCUGGGAAAGCCAGUGCAGCCAAACCCUCAAUGUAGGAGGUGGUCACGGUGCAGUGACUUCAUCUUGUUUGUAAUAAAAUAGGUGAGAUCCCAGGUUGGCAGUUCACUGAGGAAGACUCAGGCGGUCCGUAGCACAAUGCUAACUGUAUGUCCUCAGGUGGACUUCUGAGCAAUAGCCAUAAGUGCAGACCAAAGACCUUCCCUGCCCCAAGAGCUCUUUGGUUAUAAAUAGAUAAAGGCACAAAUGCUCACUUCUAACCAGCCUCUCUUCUUUUCCAGGGUUAUAUAUAAAUUUCCGUCACCUUUAUAAGCAGCGCAGGCGGCGCUAUGGACAAAAAAAGAAAAAGGUCCACUAAAAGGAGAGCUAUAGAUGGCUUCUGACCAGUCUGGGCCUAAUCUGUGUUCUUACAGUUUUACCUACUUGUACCCCAUGUAAAAAGUUUUUUUUUUUUUUUAAGUUAAAUGAUUCUGUUCUCAGCGAGGCUUUC